CCGCAGCACUUGUUGUGUCUUCUUGUGGUCAUUUUGGAGCCAGAUAAGCUUUGACGAACGACACUGGAUUUAUUUUUAAUACAUUAGUGAUUUGCAGGAUUUAACAGUACUUUCUCUCAUAUAGCCUAUAUACCAAAACAUUACUUUUCUGAAAUACAUUUGAGUGUUGUCGCCUGCGCAUAGCCGUCGGACUGGCCUAUUCGGCAUUGUUUUUUGGGGCGACUGUUAUCCAGCAUAAUAGCGAGACAGAGGAAGAGAGAAGGGCACUUAUUCCACGAGCCUCUUUAGCUCGAACGGACAUAAAUCGAGGAUAACAUUCGUAAUUACAACCAUUUACGCAACCAGAUAAAGGUGGAGAGUCACGGAUACGUCUGGUAUCCAACAACAAGUCAACCUUCAGCCUAUCAUUAUUUUAUUUUGGUGAUCUUAUACCGAGAAAAUUACCGUCCGUGUUCAUGCCAGAUCUGCAGCGCUUUAGUUUUCCAUACCAUAGCAUGAAUCCUUUGUUAGAGGCGAACUCGCUUCUCCAACAUCAACAGCAGCAGAACCAAGGAGGACAGAGUCAUCCGGAUUCCCCCUCAGGCCUUCUGCCCGAAUCAGUCUUCGGCUCGCUCGACCCGACGUCUUUCUUCCUGGGCGACCAUCCCGGACUGGGCUCGGAGACUCAGCCAGGGUUCGAUUUCACCACACCCUCACAAGCUUACCUGCAUCUAAACCACUCUUAUCACCGGUCUGUGCCCCAACCUCCUGCAGCGAUGGCCCUGAGGAACGACCUAGGCUCCAAUAUCAGUGUCCUAAAGACUCUGAACUUACGGUUCCGAUGCUUUCUGGCCAAAGUGCAUGAACUUGAGCGAAGGAAUAAGAUUUUGGAGAAACAACUACAACAGGCGUUGGAUGCGAAGAACAGCUGUGAUGGGGGUUGUUCUGAAAGCGCUAGACGGGCCCAUACCCAAGAAACAGGUGUACAGACCGGGUUUGUGGGAACUAUCCCUCUCAGGCCCGGGUCACUCCCGUUCCAAAACACCAACAACUCCGCGAGACGACCCACUACCCUCUUCACACCUGCCCUCAACACUGUCUUCACGCUUGAGUCCAAGAACAAAGCUGAAACAAACCCCACCGAACCGAAUCAGAAUCCGACCAUCACGAUAAGCCAAUCAACCCCGACAAUCGACUCUCCAGCCGGGUCCAAUUCAAUCACCAACGGGAAAACGGUUUUUAGUACAGGCACUGGAACCCCCACCAACCCGCCUCCCCGGUUCCUCCCCGGUACUAUCUGGUCCUACAACCAUACCCGCAAGCUCGGUUCUGGCGUGGAGACGCGCGUCACCAGCCCCGGUGUGUCCUGGGUCCAGCCGGACGGGGUCGGGGUCCAGAUUGAUACCAUUACCCCGGAGAUCAGAGCCCUGUACAACGUCCUGGCCAAAGUCAAGAGGGAGAGAGACGAGUACAAACGCAGGUGGGAGGAGGAGUACACUGUCAGAGUGGACAUGCAGCAGAAGAUGGAAGACCUACAGGAGGACCUCCAGGAGAGUGAGGGCUGUCAGGAUGAGUUGGCUGUCAGAGUGCAGCAGCUGAAGGCUGAACUGGUGCUCUUCAAAGGCCUCAUGAGCAACAACAUGUCUGAUCUGGACAGUAAGAUCCAGGAGAAGGCCAUGAAGGUGGACAUGGACAUCUGUAGACGCAUCGACAUCACGGCUCGCCUGUGUGACUUGGCCCAGCAGAGGAACUGUGAGGAUGUCAUCCAGAUGUAUCAGGUCCCUAACACCCAGUCUGCCAUCAACUGUCGCCCCCGGAAACAGACCCCGCUGUCCGUCAACAGUAGUGAGGGUGAUGAGACUAUCAGCACCUCGGAGAGCGAUGGGGGCCUGCCCAGAGAGGAGGACCUCUGUGGCUCGUCAGCCAAUCAGAUCAAUGAGGAAAUGCAGAGGAUGCUCAACCAGCUGCGGGAGUGUGAGUUUGAAGAUGACUGUGACAGCUUGGCCUGGGAGGAGACAGAGGAGACUCUGCUGCUGUGGGAGGACUUCCCAGGAUGCACUCUGGCUCCAGAGACCACCCACCAGCCAGGAGAGCAAGAAGACCAGUGUCUGGAGAAGGUGAUUAAUGACACUGAGGACUUAUUCAAAUCCAGGGAGAAAGAAUACCAAGAGACCAUCGACCAGAUUGAGUAUGACUUGGCUACAGCUAAGAGUGAUAUGAACCGUCACCUACAUGAAUACAUGGAGAUGUGUUCUAUGAAGAGAGGCCUGGAUGUGCAGAUGGAGACCUGCAGGAGACUCAUCACCCAGAGUGGGGACAGUAAGCCUGGCUCUCCUGUGGCUGUGGCUGGUGAGGAGAGUGUUGACCAGGCUGAGAAGGAAGGGACAACAGCGUUGCCUCCUCUCUCCAACUCUCCUCCCAGAUCAUGACCUAUCAAGACCAGCUCCAUCACAUGACCGUCAUUCCAUCCAACCACAGCACCACUCAACACUCUGCCGUCACUAUAGCAACGCCAUGUUUACAUUCUAACCACUAGAUUAGUCUAUUUUUAAUUUUCUUCAAGCUAUCUUCAUUCACAAGCCUCAAUAUAGGAACGUGGCAGAUCAAUCUGUUUUAGCAAGGGUGUAGUGUUGUGUUUCCAACAGCUUUUAGUCCCCUCUACUGGAAAGUGGUAUUACUAGCACCAUGAAAGUCUGUACAUAAGAACCCACUGUUUAACAGAGCAAAGGUAACGAGGUAAUGGAUUGAAAUACACAACUUGAAUUGAGAAUACCUCAUAGAAACAUAUGAGCAAUAUUUGAAUGAACUCAUAUGAGUUGUAGGCUAGCGUGUACUCUUAAGGUAGUUGUUGGUACUACAGAGAACCAUGGUAUUAACUCCUAUAGCAUGAUCCAUUUCCACGCAGCCAUAAUGAUAAACACACCACACCAAAACAUUCAUGUCAGGCUAGCAUAGCAGAUCAUUCUAACAGUGUGCUGUACUGUUGCAACAUUAUGAGUGUUGUUUUCAAACUCACCUAGAAGUAUAACACAGUAAAUAUAAGCCUUAGGGUGUGUUCGUAAAAUCACUGGAGUGCCAGAGUGCGCUCUGGGCGUUCGUAAAUUCAAAGCGUUGUCAGAUUGUCUGUUCGUAAAUUCGGAGUGUUUCGCUCUGGGGGAGGAGUUAGGGUUGAUCCGAGCCUUCUGACCUCACAACGGCAGUCAAGCACCCAAGCUAACUGCCUAAAGUUAGCUAGCUUGCUAGCUUCUUCCAGACAAAAAUGAGAGAACACCGCACUCUGGCCAUUUUACUCAUUCUAGCAGAGCUGGUUAGGCUGUUUUUGUUAUCCAGAGUGUUGGUGACUGUAACUGUGAUGCUGGAAACAAUUUCAUUACGCUUUUUUUGCCUACGUUUACUGACACCGGCCAUAUUCAAUGUGUGUUGAGCGUUAGUAAAUUCAUCAGAUAAGCGUGAUCUGAAAUCGGACUAGAUAGCCAGAGAAAAUUUACAAAGCAAAGCCCAGUUGGCAAGAGAGAGAAACUCCAGAUGAAUCACUUUAUUAGCAACAAAACAGAAAUAUAACGUUACUGUACUGUAUCAUAGUUAUUCAAACGGACUAAAAUAAUAUCAAAUCACACAUUUUAUCAAGACAUCUACACUUCAUUCAUGUUUCAAUGAAUACUAGAAAAAAGUCAAAUAGUAAACUAAACUCUAAGAUGCAGUCACUCAGAUGGCGACAAUGAUAUCCCUGUGUGUGAUUCUGAACUCACAUUUUGAAACAAAAGCCUGCCCGUCUCUCUGCCCUUUUGUUGACACCAGACAGGUUGUCAUGGUAACAUUAUUUUACCGUCCUGUUUCACUUACCUGGUAUUUACUAAGGAAUUAUUGGAUAACAUUGUGUAACAUUGUAUUCUUUCUUCAACACAACUGGUACUAAAUGUUACAUAGUGGUGCUUGUUUCACUGAAUCCCAAAGACCCCCAAAAGUAGUUUUAUUGUAAUUAUAAUGUAAUACCAUUUUACUGUGUCGAGUAAAGCUAGAACACAUAAUGAUCUGGGACCAGGCUAGUCAUAGGCUCUGUGUCGGCUCUAUAUGUGGUAGUGCAGUGUGAAUAGUGUAAAUACUCUGUUAAAGCUGAUCUGAGGUCAGCUCUGGGGCCUUGCCCUGAUCUCUGUGUGUCUCUGUCACUGACACAGGGAGAGGGAUACAUAUGACAAAGGGCAUUGACACCCAAGUGUUGUUACACCUACGAGCUGUAUUGCAUACUAAUGUUUUGUUUAGUUUCCAGCAGCAGAGAGCAGAGGAAGGCCCUGCUACUCUGUCCUCCAGCAGGGAGAUAGGUAGGCUCGGAUAUGAGAAGUUCGAUAGGAGAGAUUUGUUUAUCUGUUCUGUACUCUCUAUUUCUAUGUGCUGUAGUCUGAUCUGGUUGGUAAGGACUCAAAUGCAUCAGUAGUAUUGUAUCAGAGAGAAAUGGAAGAUUGAUGAACAGGCUAUAAAAGACAAUGUCCACAGAUGAACAAAUAGACAGACAGAUGAAUGUACAGUACAGAUAGAUUGACAGAUUAAUGAAUCGAUGGAUAGAAUGAUGACCUGCUGAGAUAAUUUAUGUUUGCUACUUGAGUGUCAAAGCAACUGAAAACAAGCAAUCUGAAUUAACUUUGAGAAAUAUUGCUGAAACAUUGUUAUAGAAGUACUAAAUACUGAUGCUGAAAAGCUAUCUGACACGGUGCUUGAUAUGAUCUAACCUAUUUUUGAGCUUAAAAGUUAGCCGUUUAUAAAGAAAGAGCAAAGCAAAUAUGUAUAUUCAAUAAUACAGCAGUAACAGCAGUAAUAACAAUAUUUAAUGUAACAGAAGAA